AUGGCGCCGACAUUCGGUGUCAAGAGCAGUCCAAUCGUGUUUCAAAGGAUCAAGGACCAAAUCAUUGCUAGGAUCAUCGGCAGCGGUGUCAACGUGUAUGUUGGCGACGCCGUCAUAUACGCAAACGACCUGGAUGUGCUGUUCGAAAGACUGGAGCAAGUCCUUGACCGAUGUUGUGCAGAAGGACUGUACCUGGAGCUGAAGAGGGGCUACUUGGCAAGCAAUAGUGGCAUCAAAUUACAUACCAGGAAGGUGGAAGCAAUCCGCCAAGUAUCAGCCCCCAACAGCAUCGUAGAGUUGACGUCGUUCCUAGGCGCGGCGACGGAACAACCCAAAAUGCCCACUUCACUCCGCUCCAUUCUCUAA